CCAUCGAGUCGAUACCUUCUUCCUAGCCCUCUUUGGUAGUUCAAGCGGCUCUUAUGACAGCUUCAAAGAACCCUUCUGCGGGUUCCUCCCGUCCUUCGAGUGAUAAAGAACGCCCCCAGCGCCCUAAAAGUGACUACAGCGAUAUUUCGACCGAAAUCGAUUCUGACAAGGAAAUUGCUGUUUGCAAUUUUGGGAAUGUGGAAAAGGAGAAGCCCGCGCCAAACCCGCUCCAGUAUCCAUUGCGAACUACGGGGGCAAAGAAAACAGUAAAUCUGGAAGAGCAUGAUAAGAGGACCUCGGAAAGAAGGGAGAUCAAACCAUCCUCCGGAAUCAAUGCUAAUAGAAUGGAGGAUGACACGGAUAGCGACGUCAGCGAUGAUGACUAUAGUACCGAUAUCACUGCAGUUGAGAGUGAUACAAAAGUUGAGAGUUGGGAGAACAGGAGUAAAUCUUCUUCCAGCAGAAAGCCAAACUACUCCCCGUCGUCGAAGUCGAACACCAAGAAGCGGAGUAGACUUACACAAGAAGAUUAUCUAUCAAGAAGCCAGAAGCUACACAAUUCAUAUAUCCAACGACCUCCAGCGUGGGCAAGCUGUUGCGGGGAUUGCUCGAGGUGCUGGAAAGGUACAUGGUCUUGGUGGGGUUGGAAAUGGCUAGUCAGAAAAUUGCCAUUCCUGCUGGCCCUUGCCAUGUUGUUGUGUGGAGCUGUAUGUGCGGUAACUGGGCCACAAACCGGCAUAUGGGCAUUGGAAGCGGGAGGAUAUAAGUUUGGUGGCUUGGGAUGGUGUGAUUCUCAAGAAUCAAACUGUCAAGAAGGUAUCCUUUACACUGAUGUUACCGCUAGUAGUCAGUGGCCUGCUAUGACGGUCCCUAUUCUUUUGUUGUGCUUUGGGUUUCUGGCUAUUAUUCAAUUGACAUUUCUCCUUUUCACUUUUUUGUUUGUUCGACACAUUUUUCUAUCCUGUUGUUCAGACCCAGAGUCUCAAAGUCAAAAUGUCAGAUCCCAGAAGCAGAAUCCCCGUAGAGUGAAAUCGUUGAUAUGGUUCGAAAGGAUAAUGACUUUCUGCGGCAUUGCGUACUCAGUAGUGGCCGUUAUCCUGGCGAUCUGGGUUAGUCAAACAAAUGCAGAGGGAGACGUGGGUUAUAAAUUAUCAACGUUCCUCCUUGUCUCCCCACUUGUAUGGUUCUUUCUGUCGAUAUCUUAUCGUUCUAGGUGGGCGUAUAAUUCGGACGCUUUUUUAUCGUCGGCUUCUCUCCGGCAAAAACGUGGAGGUAAAUAUGAAGAGACCUCUUACGAAGAUCCGGAUGAAGAUGAAGUCAUUGUGUCAAGGGAUGGCAUUGACCCCGUUGGAAGGCCGAAGAGGAAAUUAAGGAAGUACUGACAUUCGCCAGACACCCAUAUAGGCGCUACAUGAAUUGAUAGAUCCUUGAGAGGUAUCACGUAUGCUUGAUAUUAGUGAUAUACAACAAAUCUGCAUUUUCCCC